CUUACAGUUGACAUUAAUUGGGAGUUAAACGAAAUUUAUUAAAUAAAUUUUAGUCUACAAAAUUUAAAAAUUCGAAUUUGAAAAUUGACAUGAAGAUUUCACUGAAUUAUUUUCCAAAUUUUGUUUAACUCCCAAUUUAUAUCAACUAUAAGUAAUUUUUUUUAAAUUCUAUAUCUCGGCGAAAUUACUUCUACGUCACCCUUUUUGCAAUUAAAGUUUUAGUAUUUUUUAAAUUAAUAAAUUAAUUAAAUUUUAAAACAGUUAUGACAAGUGAGUCAUUGCAUAUUUUUAAAAAGCGAGAGUACUGUCUGCCCUUAAAACCAAUAACUUUUGCAUACUGGAAUUUAAAAAAUUUUCUUUUCGCGGGAAGUUUAAAAAUUGACAGGCGCCUGCUACUUUUAGUGUCAUAUUUAAAUUAAUAGACUCAAAAAUAAUAAAUAACAAAGAACUAGUGCCCCAUAACCCAAAUAAUAAUAAUUGAAACAGGGUACGUGUCAUUGCGUCGUUUAUAAACUUAUGAUAAACUAAAGUAAUUAGACAUUGAUGUCAUUGAUAAAUCAUGGUCAUUAAGCACAUUGAGGAGUACUAAUUAAUAAAGAAGAUUAACAAUUCUUAUAAAUCUAUCAAUAUACAUAUAUAUAAAAGAAAAACAAGGCUUUAGACAAUAGUAACUGUCACUGUGUCUGGUGGGUUGUACUAAAUAUUUAUGGUAAUUAAUAAUUAAUACAAAUCUUAUUAUUGGAAUAAAAUAAUUGUAAAAUUAUUGACGUUUAUUAAUUUGAUAUUUUUUAAAAACUCCCGCUUAUCGUAAUUGAUAAAUUAGAUUAUUGUUUUAUCGACUUGGACACGUAGGACAAAAAAAGGGUUCAGUGUUCCGACAAGUCAUCUGUCAAAUAAAAGUUGCACGAGGUUUUAAUUAAAUAUCAAAUAAAUAUAUAUUGUUUUGUUAAUAAUUUAAUAAAUAAAUAAAAAUAUAACCAUGACAUCUAAAGUAACAUUCAAAAUAACCUUGACGUCUGAUCCAAAACUCCCGUUCAAAGUAUAAAUCCAAUAUUGUGUUGCCAGAAGAUGAAGGGAGGAUUUUAUUUGUAUAAAUAAUAAAAUAUUGUUAAGUAAAAAUGGCUGAAGAAGGUUUUGAAGAGAUAAUAAAAACAAUAGAUACAUAUAUAUCAUUAAUAGAAAAAAAAAAUAGUAAAAUAACAAUUGAAAAUAUAUCAAAAGCAUUUGACGUUUCGUUGUUCGUUGAGGCGACAGUUGCCAGAGCUAAAGACGACAAUAAAUUAAAAAUAUUUGAAAGUAAUUUACAUGGAUACUGGAGUACUAAGAAACGUACACGUUUGUACACGUGUACAGAAUUACAGUUAGCAUGUGACCGGUUGCUGGAAGUACUUUUGAAGGACAGUAAGACGACACGUGAUAUUAUUGAUAAGUUACUGCAUUUGUAUGUCCAGCAUUGUGGCCAUGACAGAUUCAAUAUUUUUAUAGAGACUCUUUUAACUGAUACGUUAGCUGCCAAUGUCUUAUUAAAUUCACUUGUCGACAUCGGAUUGCCCAUUGAAACAAUCGAAGAUGAAGCUCGAACUAUUGCCUGGGAUCACGAAGCUUCUUGUGGUCGGCAUGAACAAGUCGAUCAGUUGAUCCAAUUAAUGGUAAUCGAUGGACGUGUUGACAAAGUACUUGACACCUUUUCUAGUUUGAAUACCGACAGCCCAGCGAGAAAAUUAAUUUUAAAUAAUUUAAGUAAAUAUACCCAUGACUACGACGUUCCUGUAUGCUUGGCUAUCACUGAUGUCGAUAAAAAAUUACUACGUCUGCUUUUGGACGACUGUGAUUUCAAAAAUAAUUUUAUCGAUGCUAUUUUUUAUUUCGGGCGUAACAUGAACUGGGACGGCAGCACGUGGAAAGCUGAUCAUUCAUUUAGUUACUUGCAUUUAAUUAAAAUAAUACGUAAAUUACUGUUUGUGUCGGAUGAAAUAAAUAAAGUUAUUGCUGAUCGUUUGCAGUUGGCUAAAGCACAGAUUGAUGGAUCUAUUUGGGUCGAAGUUGAACGGGACUGUUUACUUUAAUAAUUAAUUAAUUAAUAUUUUUUAUUUAAAUGAUGGAAUGACUUUUUUGUAUAAUCAUGUUAAUAAAUUUAUAUUGAUACGUAUUUUUAUUUUAAUUAUCGUUUAUUAUUUUU